CCCACCGAGGUCCUCCCUGCUGGGAUGGGCGUGGGGCCGAGUGCUCGCCACCCGGUCCCCAGAAGGUUCCCCCAAAGCCAGCCGCUGCGGCCCGGCUCGGCGCGCAGGGCCCGGGGAGGAUUCGCGUCCGCGGAAGCUGGUGUCACUCGGGCUAGCUCCUAGCGAGCCGCGCUGUCGUCAUUCAUUCGCAGUGUCCGGAUCGUCCUUCCAGCUGGGAGCUGGGCUUCACCGAGGGUGCGAGCGGCCCCAACGCGAAGUGUUAACGCGCGAGGGCUCUGAGCUGCUAGAGACGGAGGCGGCCCGGACCCUGGGUGGGCGCUGAGGGAGCAGCCGCGUCCCAGCCCAGCUCUGCCCGACCCGCGGGGUCGAAUCAGCUGGCGGCGCCCGCAGCCCUGCUCGGGGCCGAGCCGGAUCCCGGGACUGAGCCACACCACUUCCUCCUUCUCCCGCUCCCCUUCCUUCUCCUCCUCCCGCCGCCGUGGGCCCCCGCCGGGCUGCGGAGCGAAGAGUCUGGGCGUCUGCGGCCGCGGGCUCGCGGAAGGCGGCGGCGCCGGGGAGAGGAUGCUGCUCGCGGUGCCUGCGUCCUCGCCAUCCUCCCCGGCCGCCCGCGGGGGCUUUGUUGUGACCCGGGCGCCGCGGGCCGCCCCCUGGUGAAGUCGCUCUCCGCCGCCGCACCUAGCUGGCGGGCUGGCGAGCGGACGGGCGGGCGCGCGUGUGCCCGGGAGUGCGCGCCGGUGCACGCGGGACCCGACCUGCCGCCCCAUUGUGCGUGCGCCCUCGGCGCCCAGGAACAUGUGGGUGAACCCCGAAGAGGUGCUGCUGGCCAACGCGCUGUGGAUCACGGAGAGGGCCAACCCCUACUUCAUCCUGCAGCGGAGGAAGGGGCAUGCGGGCGAUGGAGGCGGCGGCGGCGGACUGGCGGGCCUCCUGGUGGGCACCCUUGAUGUUGUGUUGGACUCCAGUGCCCGGGUUUCUCCUUACCGCAUCCUGUACCAGACUCCAGAUUCUUUGGUCUAUUGGACCAUCGCCUGUGGUGGUUCCAGAAAAGAAAUCACCGAACACUGGGAAUGGCUUGAGCAGAAUCUGCUGCAGACACUUUCCAUCUUUGAAAAUGAGAACGAUAUCACCACAUUUGUGAGAGGAAAAAUACAGGGCAUCAUUGCAGAGUAUAACAAAAUCAAUGAUGUGAAGGAAGAUGAUGACACAGAGAAGUUCAAGGAAGCCAUUGUGAAGUUCCAUCGGCUGUUUGGAAUGCCUGAGGAAGAGAAACUCGUCAACUAUUACUCUUGCAGCUACUGGAAGGGGAAGGUUCCCCGACAGGGUUGGAUGUACCUCAGUAUUAACCACCUUUGCUUUUAUUCUUUUCUGAUGGGAAGGGAAGCCAAGCUGGUUAUCCGGUGGGUGGACAUCACUCAGCUCGAGAAGAACGCCACGCUGCUUCUGCCUGACGUGAUUAAAGUGAGCACGAGGUCCAGCGAACAUUUCUUCUCCGUAUUCCUCAACAUCAAUGAGACCUUCAAGUUAAUGGAGCAGCUCGCCAACAUCGCCAUGAGGCAACUCUUAGACAAUGAGGGGUUUGAACAAGAUCGAUCCCUGCCUAAACUGAAAAAGAAAUCUCCUAAAAAAGUGUCUGCUCUAAAACGCGAUCUGGAUGCCAGGGCAAAGAGUGAGAGAUACCGUGCACUUUUCCGGCUGCCCAAAGAUGAAAAAUUAGAUGGCCACACAGACUGCACCCUCUGGACUCCAUUCAACAAAAUGCACAUUUUGGGGCAGAUGUUUGUGUCCACAAACUACAUCUGCUUUACCAGCAAGGAGGAAAACCUGUGCAGCCUCAUUAUCCCACUCCGAGAGAUUCCACUAGGGGGAGCACGCCAUGCCGUGGGGACCACGCAGGGAAGCACCAGGGUGACUAUUGUAGAAAAGGCAGACAGCUCCAGCGUGCUCCCCAGUCCUUUAUCCAUCAGCACCAAGAACAGGAUGACCUUCCUGUUUGCCAAUUUGAGAGACAGAGACUUUCUAGUGCAGAGGAUCUCUGAUUUCCUGCAACAGACGACCUCCAAAAUAUACUCGGACAAAGAGUUUGCAGGAAGCUACAACAGUUCAGAUGAUGAGGUGUAUUCUCGGCCCAGCAGCCUCGUUUCCUCCAGUCCCCAGAGAAGCACGAGCUCCGAUGCUGACGGUGAGCGCCAGUUUAACCUCAAUGGCAACAGCGUCCCCACGGCCACACAGACCCUGAUGACCAUGUAUCGGCGGCGGUCUCCCGAGGAGUUCAACCCGAAAUUGGCCAAAGAGUUUUUGAAAGAGCAAGCCUGGAAGAUUCACUUUGCUGAGUACGGGCAAGGGAUUUGCAUGUACCGCACGGAAAAGACACGGGACCUGGUGCUGAAGGGCGUACCCGAGAGCAUGCGCGGGGAGCUCUGGCUGCUGCUCUCAGGUGCUAUCAACGAGAAGGCCACGCAUCCCGGGUACUAUGAAGACCUCGUGGAGAAGUCCAUGGGGAAGUACAACCUUGCCACGGAGGAGAUUGAGAGGGACCUGCACCGCUCCCUCCCAGAGCACCCAGCUUUCCAGAACGAAAUGGGCAUCGCUGCUCUGAGGAGAGUCUUAACGGCUUAUGCUUUUCGAAAUCCUAACAUAGGGUAUUGCCAGGCCAUGAACAUUGUCACAUCAGUGCUGCUGCUUUAUGCCAAAGAGGAGGAAGCUUUCUGGCUGCUGGUGGCUUUGUGUGAACGCAUGCUUCCUGAUUACUACAACACCAGGGUGGUUGGUGCCCUGGUGGACCAGGGUGUCUUCGAGGAACUUGCCCGGGACUAUGUCCCACAGCUGUAUGACUGCAUGCAGGACCUGGGUGUGAUUUCUACCAUCUCCCUGUCCUGGUUCCUCACACUGUUUCUCAGCGUGAUGCCCUUUGAGAGUGCAGUUGUGGUUGUCGACUGUUUCUUCUAUGAAGGAAUCAAAGUGAUAUUCCAGUUGGCCCUGGCUGUGCUGGACGCAAAUGUGGACAAACUUUUGAACUGCAAGGACGAUGGGGAGGCCAUGACCGUUUUGGGAAGGUAUUUGGACAGUGUGACCAAUAAGGACAGCACGCUGCCCCCCAUCCCUCAUCUCCACUCCCUGCUCAGUGAUGAUGUGGAGCCCUAUCCUGAGGUCGACAUCUUCAGACUCAUCAGAACUUCCUAUGAGAAAUUUGGAACUAUCCGGGCGGAUUUGAUUGAGCAGAUGAGAUUCAAACAGAGACUGAAGGUGAUCCAGACACUGGAGGAUACUACAAAACGGAACGUGGUACGAACCAUUGUGACAGAAACUUCCUUUACCAUUGAUGAGCUAGAAGAACUUUAUGCUCUUUUCAAAGCGGAACACCUAACCAGCUGCUACUGGGGUGGGAGCAGCAAUGCGCUGGACCGGCACGACCCCAGCCUGCCCUAUCUCGAGCAGUACCGCAUCGACUUUGAGCUGUUCAAGGGCAUGUUUGCUCUGCUCUUUCCCUGGGCCUGUGGAACUCACUCUGACGUGCUUGCCUCGCGCUUAUUCCAGUUAUUAGAUGAAAAUGGAGAUUCUCUGAUCAACUUCCGAGAGUUUGUCUCUGGACUGAGUGCCGCGUGCCAUGGGGACCUCACAGAGAAGCUCAAACUGCUGUACAAAAUGCACGUCUUGCCUGAGCCAUCCUCUGAUCAAGACGAGCCAGAUUCCGCUUUUGAAGCAACUCAAUACUUCUUUGAAGAUAUCACCCCAGAAUGCACCCAUGUGGUUGGAUUGGACAGCAGAAGCAAACACAGUGCAGACGAUGGCUUUGUUACAGUGAGUCUAAAGCCCGACAGAGGGAAGAGGGCAAAUUCUCAAGAAAAUCGUAAUUAUCUGAGACUCUGGACUCCAGAAAAUAAAUCCAGAUCAAAGAAUGCAAAGGAUUUACCCAAAUUGAAUCAGGGGCAGUUUAUCGAGCUGUGUAAGACGAUGUAUAACAUGUUCAGCGAGGACCCCAACGAGCAGGAGCUGUACCACGCCACGGCGGCGGUGACCAGCCUCCUGCUGGAGAUCGGGGAAGUGGGCAAGCUCUUCACUACCCAGCCCACCAAGGAGGGCGGGAGCGGAGGUGGCGGGCCACCCGGCAACCAGGGCCUCCCCGGCGGCAUGCUCUUCCCCAACAAAGGGCCGGGCCAGCCUUACGCGCCGGACCCCGUGGAGCCCCUCCCGGCCAGCUUGGCGGGGGACGGCGAGGAACACUCCCUGGGGGGACAGAUGGAGGACAUCAAGCUAGAGGACUCCUCGCCCCGGGACCACGGGGCCUGCUCCUCCAUGCUCAUCUCCGACGACGACACCAAGGACGACAGCUCCAUGUCCUCGUACUCGGUGCUGAGUGCCGGCUCCCACGAGGAGGACAAGCUGCACUGCGAGGACAUCGGUGAGGACACGGUGCUGGUGCGCAGCGGCCAGGGCACAGCGGCGCUGCCCCGGAGCACCAGCCUGGACCGGGACUGGGCCAUCACCUUCGAGCAGUUCCUGGCCUCCCUCCUGACAGAACCUGCCCUAGUGAAGUACUUUGACAAGCCCGUGUGCAUGAUGGCCCGAAUCACCAGUGCAAAAAACAUCCGGAUGAUGGGCAAGCCCCUCACCUCGGCCAGUGACUACGAGAUCUCGGCCAUGUCCGGGUGAAUCCCGCGCCUUCUGUAGGGACACGCAGGCCGGGGGCGGGGGGAGGGUCUUUUUUAUGUUCUGUGUUGGGGUUUCUUUCUUCCUUUUAAAUUAAAUAUUUAUUAGUACCCGGCUUAAAGCCUAGUGUUUUCAUAAUAUAAUACAAUGAAAGCUGUUGGAGGAAUACUUAAACACCUCGAUGUAGGCACAGUUCACUCUCUUGUCGGGGGAGGGGGAUUUACCAGAAUACGGUUUUAUUCAAUGAAUUCCGAAAGAAAGAUGACUCUGUCCGUGAUAUGUGUGUAUUUAUAACUUCUUAAUCUUGCUGUUGAGCUGUAUACAUAGUGCUGUUUAACACUAAAUAAGGCGGCAGACGUGUAUUGGGGCUUUUUAAAUAAAAUUAGAGCUGUUAAGGAAAGUAGAAUGCCACAAACACAGAAUGUUCUUAAAUGGAAUAGGCACUGUCAGCUGGGGUAAAUCCUAUACCACUUUUAGGGAGCAUUAAAACUAUUUUUUAAGAUUUGAAAUAUAUUUCAUAAAAGUCCUCUAUUCAAAAAUCAUGUUUCACAGAUGUUCCCUUUUGAGGUUCUAAGCAAUUAUGAAAGUGUGAGUGAUUUUUAUGUGAUGCCGGAAUAACACCUCUAUCUGAUCAAUUUGGACAAAUACCAGGCCAAUUUUGCAUUUACAGAACUGAUGAUUUAAGUCAGCUGGCCAGAAUUCAGGGGAAAUGAACAGUCUUUUGUUACAGAGAAUCUGAAAGUGGCAACAGAAAUGAUGAAAGGGCUCAGGAUUUUUUUGGGGGGGGGAGUAAAAAUACUGAUGCUUCUCAUACUAGAUUUUCAGCUUCUUGUUACUCAUUGCAAAUGAAGCAAAAAGUAAAACAAUGAACUUUACCAUUUCUGUACUCUCCGUAGGUUCAAGAAAUUAUACCAUGUAUCACAUAUGACCAUCUUUCCAGUUAAAUCCAUGUAAAGUAGAGAUAAUGUAAAUUGAAAAAACAACCUGCAAGAUAACGUAACUGAAUGUUUAAAGCGGAACUUGUCACUUUAUAUAAAAGAAUAGUAUGCUCUAUUUCCUGAAUGGACUUGGAAAUGAAAACUAUCGCACCUGCACUUUGUAUUGUUGCUUCUUUUUUAUUCCUAUUAUAGUUUUGUCUUUUACAGAUGUUGGAGUUUUUUUUCUCUUAUUGUUGAAUUCAUAAUCAUGGUCACGUUUUCUUUGCUUAUGCAGAAUACUCCUUCCAAUGCAUUCCUUUAUUUUAGUAGCCAUUGGUCUUUAUUUUAGCUGUUGCUGCUGUUUUUUAUUUUGUUUACAGAAUGAUUUUUUAAACUGUCCAAUGAAGUAGUGUUAACCUCAAGUAGGAUAAAUGUGAACAAAUAAAAUACAUCCGAUACUCA